CGCCCGCCGCUCCUUCCCUGCCCACCUACUAUGAGGAGCAGCUCCUCCCACCUGCCCAUAAAAGCCAAGUGCAUGUCACCAGCAGCGGAUCAGAGCACUUCCCUGGUCCUCUCCGUGGGAGCCCGCGAGCCUGUCUCCCUGAUCAUACGUGUACAAGAAGCUGUUCUAGAAGUAGAGGAGCAUCGGGCAAAGAGACAGAAGCCAGCCCCAGGAGUGCCACAGCAAGGCAUAAGCAGGGACUUUGGUCCUCGAUUCCACAGGCCAGCCAAGUCUAAAUGUGAUGGCUGUGCCACCUGGGCCUCUGCAGCUGCUGGGAGUGCUGCUCACCAUUUCCCUAAGCUCCAUCAGGCUCAUUCAGGCUGGUGCCUACUAUGGGAUCAAGCCACUGCCACCUCAAAUUCCUCCUCAGAUGCCACCACAAAUUCCACAAUACCAGCCCCUGGGCCAGCAAGUACCUCACAUGCCUUUGGGCAAAGAUGGCCUUGGCAUGGGCAAGGAGAUGCCCCAUUUGCAAUAUGGCAAAGAGUAUCCACACCUACCCCAGUAUAUGAAGGAGAUUCAACCGGUGCCAAGAAUGGGCAAGGAAGCAGUACCCAAGAAAGGCAAAGCAGAAAUACCAUUAGCCAGUUUACGAGGAGAACAAGGUCCCCGUGGAGAACCUGGCCCAAGAGGACCACCUGGGCCCCCUGGCUUGCCAGGUCAUGGGAUACCUGGGAUCAAAGGAAAACCAGGGCCACAGGGAUAUCCAGGAAUUGGAAAGCCAGGUAUGCCUGGAAUGCCUGGAAAGCCAGGAGCCAUGGGAAUGCCUGGGGCCAAGGGCGAAAUCGGACCCAAAGGGGAAAUUGGGCCAAUGGGGAUCCCAGGACCACAAGGACCUCCAGGGCCUCAUGGACUUCCUGGCAUAGGGAAGCCAGGUGGGCCAGGGUUACCAGGGCAACCAGGAGCAAAGGGUGAGAGAGGACCCAAAGGACCACCAGGACCUCCAGGCCUUCAGGGUCCUAAAGGAGAGAAAGGCUUCGGGAUGCCAGGCUUACCUGGCCUGAAGGGUCCUCCAGGUAUGCAUGGCCCUCCUGGCCCUGUCGGACUGCCAGGAGUGGGAAAACCAGGUGUGACAGGCUUCCCUGGGCCCCAGGGCCCUCUGGGGAAGCCAGGACCUCCAGGGGAACCUGGCCCACAAGGCCCUAUCGGGGUGCCAGGGGUUCAAGGACCUCCUGGAAUACCUGGAGUUGGAAAGCCAGGCCAGGAUGGGAUCCCUGGCCAACCAGGAUUUCCAGGUGGCAAGGGGGAGCAAGGACUACCAGGGCUGCCAGGACCCCCAGGUCUUCCAGGAAUUGGGAAACCAGGCUUCCCAGGACCUAAAGGUGACCGGGGUGUGGGGGGUGUUCCUGGGGCUCUUGGACCAAGAGGAGAGAAAGGACCAGUAGGUGCCCCUGGAAUGGGAGGACCCCCAGGAGAGCCAGGCCUGCCUGGAAUCCCAGGUCCCAUGGGCCCUCCAGGUGCUAUUGGUUUCCCUGGGCCCAAAGGAGAAGGUGGGGUUGUGGGGCCACAGGGGCCACCAGGUCCCAAAGGCGAGCCAGGGCUUCAAGGCUUCCCAGGAAAGCCAGGUUUUCUUGGUGAAGUAGGACCCCCUGGCAUGAGAGGUUUGCCAGGUCCUAUAGGGCCCAAGGGGGAAGCUGGGCAUAAAGGAUUGCCUGGGCUCCCUGGUGUUCCCGGGCUGCUUGGACCCAAGGGAGAACCAGGCAUUCCAGGGGAUCAGGGGCUACAGGGCCCCCCAGGUAUCCCAGGCAUUGCAGGCCCUAGUGGCCCCAUUGGACCUCCUGGGAUUCCAGGCCCCAAAGGGGAACCAGGCCUUCCAGGGCCUCCUGGGUUCCCUGGUGUAGGCAAGCCUGGAGUGGCAGGCCUUCAUGGCCCCCCAGGGAAACCAGGUGCCCUCGGUCCUCAAGGCCAGCCUGGCCUUCCAGGGCCCCCAGGUCCUCCAGGGCCCCCGGGCCCACCAGCUGUGAUGCCCCCUACACAACCACCCCAGGGAGAGUAUCUGCCAGAUAUGGGGCUGGGAAUUGAUGGUGUGAAACCCCCCCAUGCCUAUGGGGCUAAGAAAGGCAAGAACGGAGGCCCAACGUACGAGAUGCCCGCGUUUACUGCUGAGCUGACCGCACCUUUCCCGCCGGUGGGAGCCCCAGUGAAGUUUGACAAGCUGCUCUAUAACGGCAGACAGAACUACAACCCGCAGACGGGCGUCUUCACCUGUGAGGUCCCCGGCGUCUACUACUUUGUAUACCAUGUUCACUGCAAGGGAGGCAACGUGUGGGUUGCUCUGUUCAAAAACAACGAGCCCAUGAUGUACACAUACGACGAGUACAAGAAGGGCUUUCUGGACCAGGCAUCUGGGAGUGCUGUGCUGCUGCUCAGGCCCGGGGACCGCGUGUUCCUCCAGAUGCCCUCAGAACAGGCUGCGGGACUGUACGCCGGGCAGUAUGUUCAUUCCUCGUUUUCAGGAUAUUUAUUAUAUCCCAUGUAAAAAAAAAAAAAAAAAAAAAAAGAAAGAAAGAAAAAGAGAGAUUUAAUAGAAGACAAGAAAAUGAUGCAACAAAAAAUUCAGAUGAAAAACAUAAUUGCUUCAGAACAUUUAUAUAGUUGGAAAGUUAUAUUUAAGUGAAAAUUCAGACCAUCAUGUACAAAUAAAAACUAAGAUGCAUGUUUAAUACUCUGCACAGCAGCUUGUCAUUGAAAACAAUGGGAUAGAUUUAUGUAUCAAGUACUGACACUUGUGUUGUACCCACUGGAAUCACAUUAGUUGUCAUAUGUUAUUUGCUCUCAUGAUAACCUGCUUAUUCAGAUCAGUCAACAUGCCAGUACAAAAGAUCAUAGCUAACCAAAGUCACUCACUCAUAUUGUUUCCUUUAAAGUAUUUAUAAAUAUGCCUUAGGGAAAUGUCAGUGAUAACAGUUACAUACCAUAUUUACUUUCAGAAUUUCCUCUCCAUCUGUGCAGAUACGUUGCCAUGGAAUGUUCUGGGGAGUUCUGUAGUGUUACUGUCUCAGUGGGAGUCAGAGAGGGCCAUAGAAACCUUAGUCCUUUGUAGUACUAGGGAUAUUUCUCUAGUGAUAAAGGCUGGGGUUUUUUGUUGUUGUUGUUGUUUGUUUUGUUUUUGAUCAAUUAGAAGUUCUAGUCAGAAUUGUAUGUCUUGAGUCUGGAAAAAAAAAUUAAGGAAGAGUACCAUUGUCCAUCUGUGCUGAGCACUGGAGUAGGAUGCCAAUGUGAGGCCAAGACAGAGCCCCACAGGAGCUAACAAACCAGUGGGGAGACAUAAGCAGUGAUUAACUCAUUUAUUCCUCAAAGAGUUCUUUUAGAGUUGUUCUGUGACUUAUUUUGUUUUUUCUUCCCUCUGUGUAAUUUCUACCAGGGCCUAACCAACAUAAAUACCUGGAAGCCAUAAGAAAAAAAAAAAAGGAACCCUUCAGUAAACUUUUUAGCUUUAUGGAAUAUUUAUUAUUGAUAAGAAUUAUCAAUUGAGUUUACAUGCAUUAAAAAUUUGCCUCCUUUGCCCAUACACACAAUCACAGUGAGGUUUUAACCAUAGAGAUAUUGAUAUUCUUUAGUAGCUGAAGAAUAUCUCCCUGUUUAGUAUGUAAGCAAAUUCACGUGUCAUCUGAGGUUUCAAAUCAAUUUCCGAAAUUCAAGCCAUUUUUUAUUGGGGGAAAAAUUCAAAAUUCAUAGGAAAAUAAAUUUCUAUUUUAAAAAAGGUAAUUAGGCAGUUUGAUAUUUUAAAAGAGGUGAUGUUUCUAGGUGUAGAUACAAAAAAGGAAAAUAACUGUCUCUUCAGCAGCAAUCUGUGGAAGAGAUAUCCAGAAUGUCAUAGGGCAACAAUGGCCCAGGCCAUCUAUGUGGCCCUUUACUUAGCACAAGUCAACAAAUAAAACAAAUUUGAAAGGGAGACAUAAAUAGUUGUCCAGGUUUUCAUUUAGGCACAUAGUAGGUGAUUUAAGCAUUGCUUCAAAUCUGCUAUUAACUGUGGAUGCUGUUAGACACAUGGGGAAAUGAUAUGGAGCUGUAAUAGUGAAAUCAUAUAUUUUUUCUCAAAAAUUAAUUGAGUACAUAGUUAUAGAUGGGAAAAUACACAAAUAAAAAGCACAAGGAAAUGUGUCUAUGGAAAAUUGCAAUCAUUUUUGGACUGGAGGUGUAACAGUACACAAGGCCCUGGGAUUAAUCCCAGUACCAUAAAAUAAUAAUAAUAAUAAUAAUAAUAAUAAUAAUAGAAAUUAUUUUUACUAUCACAAAAGUUCUUCUCUUGGUCAAAUAUGUAUCUUUUCCCUAAGAAGUAUACAAGCAACAUUUCUUCUCAGUUUUUUAAAAAGAGAAAUUAGUUCGUUAUCCCCAAAUUUCUUAUUCACUGCUAAUUAGAUAACACAAUUUUCCCAUUAAAAAGAUAUCCUACCCAACCUUCAUUUUCAAAGUGGACAGCAUAUAUGUGGCCAUAUGUCCUUUGAGUUGGUCUUGAGGAUGCUGGUUUGGGGCUGGUGACUUUGGAAGUAACUGGGUUCCUUCUGCUAAUAGGUACACUGACAUGGCUUGGAGGCAAGUCAGACCAGCUGAUCUGUAAAAUUGUAUUUAUCUGUACAUGUAUGGACUCUUAAUUUCCAUCAAGCAAGGGAGAAAUUAUCUCUUUAAAAACAAAUUCACUUUUCAAAAUAUCUUCCAACUUAUUUAUUGGUUGUUACGCAAUUGCCUAUAUAUAUAGAGAGAGAUAGAUAGAUAUAUAGAUAUUUGUAUGUGUGUAUGUUUAUUAUCAGGCAUAUGCUUCUAACUUUUAGAUGGAGGAGGAGCAAAAUUUAUGCCAGAUACUGUGUAUUCUACAAUGGUGCUAAUCUAAAGCUAAAUGAUACUUCAUUUAAUUUAAAACAGAGUUUUAAGUAAUUAUCUAUGUACCUGUGUUUCCCUUUUGAGUGUUGCACAUCAUGUUAACACAUUAAUGUAAAAGCAGAUAAAAUAACUGCAUGUUCUAAAGUCUAGGGAUAAUAGUAUGAUCUCUAUUUCAUUCAAAAAUAUCUAAAAUUUUUCCAUGUGAAAUGGACCAAACUUGCAUUUUCUUAUUUAACUACAGAGUUUUAAUGCAGCAUGACAUCCUCCAGGGGAAAAGAGUGUCUGUAGUGGGUGACAGUCCUCACAUAUUUUACAAAAUAUAAUGAAUGGUGAACAGACUGGUAACUUGUUUGAGUUUCCAUGAUAGAUUUGAGAUUUAAUGGCAAAUCAUUUUUAUUUAAAUUUUUGUACUGAUUUGAAAAAAAAAGUCAUUAAAUAUCUUUGAAAGUAUA